AUGCAUGGUUCGUGUCCCCAACUGCGGAGCGUGUCUCAGCUACCUGUGGAGUACGUCUUGGAAAACUUCCAAUUAAAUACCAACCGCGCGAACUCUAAACGGCCGCGAACCGCUAAAGUGGCCAAAAUUCGGCGAAAACAGCGCAAGUGUGACAAAGCAUUCGUGCCAGUGCAGCCGACGGCGAAACGGGCGAAAACAAAAGAGAAUAGUGUUGAUAGUAAUACGAGCGUAUUUAGCAGCAGCAGCCAGAGCAGCGGCGUCAGCGCAGGCAGCGACGCGGGCAACGGCAGGGGCAGCGAAAAGCAACGGCGGGGGGUGGUGGGUGCGGAAACGGGCCGGGGAACGGCCGAGAACGAAACAGCGACAGCAACAACAAAUGCCGGUCGGUUUAUCACUUCCGAUCUAAUCAAAACUGUUAACAGCAAGCAAAAAAAGGGCCAAAGCCCCCUAGAUGCCACAACUAAUUUACAAUUAUCCGACUGUUUGCGUACCGUGCAAAAACUUGCUAUUGAACUUGAGAGCUCCGACGCCAAAGACGGCAGCGACGCCAACGUCAACAGCGACGCCGACGCCAGCAGCGCUGUCAUGUCAGAGACGGGCUGUCGGCAUUAUCAGAGCUACGUGAAGGAGCACAGCUACGAUACAUUCCGGGUCAUCGACGCCUACUUCGCUGCCUGCGUCAACAGAGAUGCGCGCGAGAAGAAGGCGAUCCACUGCAACUGCUUUGAGUGUGGCAGCUACGGCAUCCAGUUGUACGCGUGCCUGCACUGCAUCUACUUUGGAUGUCGAGGGGCCCACAUCACGAGUCACCUGCGAUCCAAGAAGCACAAUGUGGCCCUGGAGCUGUCCCACGGAACGCUCUAUUGCUACGCCUGCAGAGAUUUUAUUUACGAUGCGAGGAGCAGGGAAUAUGCGCUGAUCAACCGCAAGUUGGAGGCCAAGGAUCUCCAGAAGAGCAUCGGCUGGCAGCCAUGGAUUCCGACGGCCAAGGAGACGAAUCUUCUGCUGGCCAAUGCAAGGCGCCGGAUGGUGAGGCCCAAUCAAACCAUCGGACUGAGAGGACUGCUCAAUCUGGGGGCCACCUGCUUUAUGAACUGCAUUGUUCAGGCUCUGGUUCACACUCCCCUGCUGAGUGACUACUUCAUGUCAGAUCGCCACGACUGCGGCAGCAAGUCCUCGCACAAAUGUCUCGUCUGCGAAGUUUCGCGUCUCUUCCAGGAGUUCUAUUCUGGCUCCCGUUCGCCGCUGUCGUUGCACCGGCUUCUGCAUUUAAUUUGGAACCAUGCGAAACACUUGGCCGGCUACGAGCAGCAGGAUGCGCACGAGUUCUUCAUCGCCACUCUGGAUGUGCUGCAUCGGCACUGUGUGAAGGCCAAGUCGGAGCACGAGAGCAAGAGCAACAGUUCUGGAUCGGGAAGUGGAACGAAUUCCAGCAGCUCGAGCAGCUCGCAUUGCUACGGCCAGUGUAAUUGCAUCAUCGAUCAGAUCUUCACGGGCAUGCUGCAGAGCGACGUGGUGUGCCAGGCAUGCAACGGAGUGUCCACCACCUAUGAUCCCUUCUGGGACAUUUCGCUGGAUCUGGGGGAAACGACAACUCAUGGUGGAGUGACCCCCAAGACCCUAAUCGACUGUCUGGAGCGGUAUACUCGCGCCGAGCACCUCGGAUCGGCGGCCAAAAUCAAGUGCUCCACCUGCAAAUCCUACCAGGAGUCGACCAAACAGUUCAGUCUGCGCACUCUGCCCAGCGUGGUGUCCUUCCACCUGAAACGCUUCGAGCACUCGGCUUUAAUCGAUCGCAAGAUCUCCUCGUUCAUCCAAUUCCCAGUGGAGUUCGAUAUGACGCCCUUUAUGUCGGAGAAAAAGAACGCCUAUGGGGAUUUCCGGUUCUCUUUGUAUGCCGUGGUCAAUCAUGUGGGCACAAUCGACACUGGACAUUACACGGCGUAUGUGCGGCAUCAGAAGGAUACGUGGGUCAAGUGCGAUGAUCAUGUGAUAACAAUGGCAUCGCUCAAACAGGUGCUGGACAGCGAGGGUUAUUUAUUGUUCUACCAUAAAAACGUGCUGGAAUACGAAUAGAGGAUAUCCGCUGGGAUCGAUUAAAGCGACUGGACCUCUCAAAAACACAAAAACCGAAACCCAUGCAUUACGAAUAAACACACAAACAACAGACAAGGCCGCGGCAGCGCUUACGAAUUAAGUAAUCUUAACGCAAAAAGCAACAAAUCCUAUACUGGGUGUUCCCUCGAUUGGGUUUAAUUAAGCUCACAUACUCAAAACAUUGGAACAAUAGAGAACGAAAAAGAAAUUAUUGAAAAUUGUAAUCUAAACAAUAGAUAUGUGGGGAUACCCGUUUUGUUCUAAGUAUUUCAAAUCCAUAAUACUAAAAACUAAAGAAAUGAUAUAAAAUAA